AUGAAAAUUAAAGAAGAGAAGCAGAAGGUGGAAGAGGGAGAAGAUCCAAUUGAAAUUCAAGAUAGUAUUAUAAAGGCAGUGAAAAAUAAUAACACAGAUGCACCAUCAUCAGCUGCUCAUUCCAAACAUUUAGUAAGAAAUCAAAAUUUAGUAAAUAUUAUGUGUCAUCGUCCACCAAACUCAACACAACUUUAUCACAUAUUUCAAUCUGGUUUUCAAGAGAUUGUUUUGAGUAAUAAUCGACAAAGUGAUGGGUUCCUUAUACAUCAUGUAAAAGAAGCAUUGAUUGGAAAUAGGGAAAUAAAAAAUGAAAUUGGAACUGAUGAGGUAGAUCCAUAUCUCCAAGGAUCAUUUUCAUAUGUCAACUAUUGGUCAACAAGGCCAAAUAGUUUUUGGUGUGAACAAUGUUGCUGUCCAAGCUUUAUUAUACCCAUGGCUGGAUCUUGGAUAAUGGUUUCUGUUGUAGAUCCAUUAACACCUUACAUUCAUUUGAUGUUAUCCAUGGAUACUAAUAACAUGAAAUUAAUUGCAAGACUGUUAUGGGCUUUAGAGAGAGGUUUUGAUAACCUAAGGAAAUACUAUGAUGAAGUUGCCUCAUUAGAUCUCCAACUUGAUAAUUCUAUUCCCUUCCAAUGGUACAUAAAUGGUGAUAUACUUCAAGAAAAGCCAGAUGAUAAUGUUUUUAACAAUAUUCAAACUGCAAUCCAACUUUUACAUGACAAAGACAUUGUGUUGGUGAUCUGA